GAAAUGUCUGACUUUCCUGCUGGCUUUUAAGGUGACACUCCAUGGUCUCUUCAUCAUCUGUGCUAAGUACCAAGAGACCUGUCGAGCAGACAUGCUGUCACACUCCUGGAUGGAGACAAGAUACGAAUAAACCAGGGUCCACUUUUCCCAACUCGAUCAAAGGGUCCACCCAGGAGAUGAGGACGGACUGAGGAGACAUGACCCUGACACUGAUGUCCCGUGCCUCGUACUCUGGUUCUGGCUCUGGUCAUCACACACAAAAGACGAUAGGGACGGAAACAAAACACAAUCUUCAAGAUUCUUCUGAAGUAGCCUGAUUAUUACCAGCAUCCUUCAACUGUUGAUCACAUUUACUCAACUGUAUGAGGUACUGCUUUGCCCCCCCUCUGGUUCUGACCCACCUGUGCCGUAUUGUUCCGCGGACUCUGGUUCCAGACUUGAAUAAACAUUUCCAUGACCGCAUCGCUGCGCCAGGUGUCAGACAUCAGGGCCGUGGACCAGGACUCCAACAAAUGAUCUAAUACUGUAUCUGGAGACAAAGUUCAACAUUACAUCCAUUUUCCAAAUUGACCACGGGGCCACUAGAUGGCGCAGGUAUUUAAAAUCCUUAUUCACAUGAACAUGGAUUUAGAGGAAGUAAAGAUGAAGGUUUUACUCCAAUCUCCAAGCUGGAGUAAAAACAGGAACAUCCUCCAUCAGCUCCCAGUGGACGAAGCCCACCCCUCAACUCCACCCGCCCCUUCCUGCACACAGAGCAGAGUGAGACCCAGUGCCAGCUGAGAGAUGCUCCACACUUGCAGCAGCGAUCACGCACCACGGAGAAAAUGUCCAAGUGCAGCCUGAGACUCUCUCUCCGCCAGUGCGUCGCUUCUGGAGAACAGGUGGAAAAGUCCCGUUCAUGCUGACCGGGUGGAGAACCGUCAUCGUGAGUGCAGCGAAUCCACGCCGUAGAAGCUCACUCUGAAUCCCACUGAGGAGCACGGAUUCGUGCUGCAAGUUUCACCUCCGUGGAGUAGAAUUCACUCUGCUCGCACCGUGGACCAAUGAUGGCUCUCACGGUUCAUCUGAAGACGGUGGCUCACCUCAGGGGGAAAGGUGACCGGAUCACCAAGGUUACGUUCAGAGGUUUGUCAUUCUACAGCCGGGUGGCAGAGAACUGUGAGGAUGUGGCCCACUUUAAUGAGACCUUCAGGUGGCCCAUUGCCAGCAGGUUGGAUGGAAACGAGAUGCUGGAGAUCCACGUCUACAACUACAGCAAAGUCUUCUCCAACAGACUGGUGGGGAGUUUCUCUAUGGUCCUUCAGAAGGUGGCAGAGGAAGGACACUUAGAGCUGGCAGACACACUCAUCGAUGACAACAACACAUCCAUAAAGACCAGUGUGACCCUGGAGAUCAAAUACCAGCCCAUGGAUGGGACGGUGGGGGUGUGGAGCGAUGGGGAGUUCCUGGACGUGCCUGACGACCGUGAUGGAAUUUUUACCUUUGAAACUGACAGCUUGUUAUCUGGACAAAGCCCAGGAUCAGGAACAUCACCUGGAAGAAGCUUGCAGGGAUCAAUACCCACCUUCAAAAAAGCAGGGAAGGGAGUCUUCUCAGCCAUGAAGCUUGGCAAGAUCAAGAGCUCCAAAGAUGAUCACAGGAAAGAUGAGCCUGCAGUCUUGGACAUGGAGGACCUGGACAGGAAGGCGAUUCGUCUUGCUGGAACCUUUGAGCCAGACACUGUCUCUCUGGCUUCUGUCACCGCCGUCACCACAAACGUGUCUAAUAAAAGGUCAAAACCAGACAUCAAGAUGGAACCGAGUUCGGGGCGACCAGUGGAUUAUCAGAUCAGCAUCACAGUCAUCGAGGCCCGGCAACUCAUAGGCCUCAACAUGGACCCUGUGGUGUGUGUGGAGGUUGGAGAUGACAAGAAGUACACGUCCAUGAAGGAGUCCACCAACUGUCCCUACUACAAUGAGUAUUUCGUCUUUGACUUCCACGUCCCUCCUCACGUCAUGUUCGACAAGAUCAUCAAACUUUCAGUGAUUCACUCAAAAAACCUUCUCCGAAGUGGAACCUUGGUGGGAACUUUCAAGAUGGACGUCGGAACUGUUUAUUCUCAACCUGAACAUCAAUUCUACCACAAGUGGGCCAUACUGUCUGACCCAAAUGACAUCACAGCUGGGUGCAAAGGUUACAUUAAAUGUGACAUUGCCGUGGUGGGUAAAGGAGACAACAUCAAGACACCACACAAGGCCAACGAGAGUAUGUAGGACGACGUAGAGGGGAACCUCCUGCUCCCAGAGGGCAUACCUGCGGAGAGGCAGUGGGCGAGGUUUUACGUGAAGAUCUACCGAGCUGAAGGACUUCCUAAAAUGAACACCAGCAUAAUGGCUAACGUGAAGAAGGCCAUCAUAGGAGAGAACAGAGACCUGGUGGACCCCUAUGUCCAGGUGCAGUUUGGCGGGCAGAAAGGGAAGACCUCGGUCCAGAGGAGCAGUUAUGAACCAAUCUGGAACGAGCAGGUCAUUUUCACAGAACUCUUUCCUCCACUCUGCAAACGCCUGAAGAUCCAGAUACGGGACUCUGACAAGGUCAAUGAUGUUGCCAUAGGAACACACUUUAUUGACUUGCGCAAGAUCUCCAACGAAGGCGAUAAAGGUUUCCUGCCAACCUUUGGCCCAGCCUGGGUCAACAUGUACGGCUCCACUCGUCAGUACACUCUGAUGGACGAGCACCAGGACCUGAACGAUGGACUUGGAGAAGGUGUUUCAUUCAGGGCUCGUCUCCUCCUCUCUGUUGCCGUGGAGAUCCUCGACACUACUUCACCUGAGAUCCACAGCUCCACUGAGGUUCAAGUGGAGAUGGUUUCCAACAUCUCAGAGAGCUCGACUGGUAAAAUAGAAGAGUUCUUCCUCUUCGGUUCAUUUCUGGAGGCCACCAUGAUCGACAGAAGAAUUGGUGACAAAGCAAUAAGUUUUGAAGUCACAAUAGGUAACUAUGGCAACCAGAUAGAUGGCGUCAACAAGCCGUCGUCAUCCAGAAAGAAGAAAAAAGACGGCGAUAGUGAAGAGGAGGAGAGCGAGCUCAUCCACAACUCCAGCGAGGAUGAGGCAGACGAGGACGCUGACCUGAUCUCUGUGUCGUCCACUCCUGUCAUGAAGCCCGUCGUUACAGACAGAAAUUACUUCCAUCUCCCUUACUUUGAAAAGAAGCCGUGCAUCUACAUCAAGAGCUGGUGGCAGGACCAACGACGAAGACUGUACAACUCCAACAUGAUGGAUAAGAUUGCUGACAAGCUGGAAGAAGGUUUGAAUGACGUGCAGGAAAUCAUUAAGACAGAAAAGGCUUUCCCUGAGCGCAGGCUGCGGGGCGUGCUGGAGGAGCUGAGUGUUGGCUGCAGCCGCUUUGUGACAUUGGCUAAUAAGGAUUUGAACCAAGCAGGCAGAACCAGACUGGAUCGAGAACGACUCAGGUCCUGCAUGAGGGAGAUGGACAGCAUGAGUCAGCAGGCCAAGCAGAUUCGAACUCAGGUGAAGAAGAACACGGUCAGAGACAAACUGAAGCUGGCACAGAACUUCCUGCAGAAGCUUCGUUUCCUGGCCGAUGAGCCUCAGCACAGCAUCCCAGAUGUUUUCAUCUGGAUGAUGAGCAACAACAAGCGCGUAGCUUACGCCCGGGUCCCCUCUAAAGACAUCCUGUACUCCAUCGUGGACGAGGAAACGGGGAAAGACUGCAGUAAAGUCCAAGCUGUCUUUCUCAAGCUGCCGGGUAAGAAGGGCUUUGGUCCUGCAGGCUGGACUGUUCAGGCAAAGCUGGAACUGUAUUUGUGGCUGGGCCUCAACAAGCAGAAGAAAGACUUCCUCAGCGGUCUGCCCAAUGGAUUUGAAGAGAUUAAAACUGCUAAAAUAGGUCCAGGUCUUCAGUCUGUGCCACCUGUCAGCCUCAUUUACAACAUGAAGCAGGUGUUUCAGCUGCGAGCACACAUGUACCAGGCCCGCAGUCUGUUUGCCGCUGACAGCAGUGGCCUUUCAGAUCCCUUCGCUCGGGUUUUCUUCUCCACACACAGCCAGGUCACUGAGGUCCUGAGUGAGACUCUGUGCCCCACGUGGGACCAACUGCUGGUGUUCGAUGAUGUGGAGUUGUUUGGCGAGGCCAGUGAGCUGAGGGACGACCCGCCUAUCAUCGUGGUUGAGUUCUAUGACCAGGACACUGUGGGUAAGGCAGAGUUCAUAGGUAGGACAUUUGCCAAGCCCACCAUCAAGAUGUGCGCCGAGCAUUACGGCCCCCCCAGGUUCCCACCACAACUGGAGUACUAUCAGAUUUACAGAGGGAACUGCACUGCCGGGGAGCUGCUGGCCGCCUUCGAACUGCUGCAGAUCGGCCAAGGAGGCAGAGCAGAACUUCCUCCUCUUGAGGCUCCCACAGACUCUGAGCAAGGUCCCAUUCUUCCUGUACCACUGGGCAUCCGACCUGUCCUUAGUCGCUACCGCAUUGAGGUCUUGUUUUGGGGACUAAGGGACCUGAAGAGGAUUAACUUAGCUCAGGUGGACCGACCACGUGUGGAUAUAGAGUGUGCAGGGAGAGGCGUCCAGUCAGUGCUCAUCCAGAACUACAAGAAGAACCCGAACUUCAGCACCUUGGUGAAAUGGUUCGAAGUAGAUUUGCCAGAAAAUGAACUCCUCCAUCCUCCUCUCAACAUCCGGGUCGUGGACUGUAGAGCGUUCGGCCGCUACAUCCUUGUGGGAUCGCACGCCGUCUCGAGCUUGAGGCGGUUUAUCUACAGCACCCCAGACAAGAAAUCUGACAACUGGGCCACUGCAGGUGACAUCUUUGUGAACAUGGAUGCAGAGCCCCAGGUCCGAAAGAUGGACACGGUUGUCAAGUUAGACGCUAUGUCAGACGCUGUAGUAAAGGUUGACAUGACCGAGGAGGAGAGCGAGAAAAAGAAGAAGAAGAAGAAAAAGAAAGGAGGCGUUGACGAAGAAGAGGACAUAAAUGAACGAGUCCUGGACUGGUGGUCCAAGUAUUUCGCGUCAAUAGAUACGUUAAAGGAGAAACUCAGAGCUCAGGAAGCAGCUCAGGCCGAGGCAGAGGAAAAGGAAGACCUGGAGAUAGCAGCAGAGGCCGCAGACAUCAAACCUGAUGACCUUCUUCUGAAAGGCUCCAAGACCAAAGAAAAGAGCCGAGACAAGAAGAGCUCCAAAGACAAGAAGAAGAGUCAGGCUGUAAAUGGCGCCGAGAAACAGCCGGUCAAAGCCAGGGUGGAUGAGCUGGUGGUGUACAACAAGGAACUGGAGACUGAGUAUGGGAACUUCGAAGACUGGCUUCACACGUUCAACCUGUACAGAGGGAAGGCUGGAGACGAUGACGAACGCGCUCUGGAUGACGACAGGAUUGUCGGCCGGUUCAAGGGUUCCUUAUGUAUGUACAAACUGCCACUGUCUGAGGAGGUCACCAGAGAGUCCGGGUUUGAUCCAAAUAUGGGCAUGUUCCAGAACAUUCCACAUAAUGAUCCAAUCAAUGUUCUGGUCCGUGUUUAUGUGGUCAGGGCCACAGACCUUCACCCCGCUGAUAUCAAUGGGAAGGCUGAUCCAUACGUUGUCAUCAAGCUGGGAAAGUCCGAGGUGAAAGACAAGGAAAACUACAUCUCCAAACAGCUCAAUCCUGUAUUUGGAAAAUCAUUUGACAUUGAGGCCACUUUCCCCAUGGAGUCAAUGCUGAUGGUGUCCGUGUACGACUGGGACUUGGUCGGCACUGAUGACCUGAUCGGCGAGACGAAAAUUGACCUGGAGAAUCGAUUUUACAGCAAAUACAGAGCCACCUGUGGUAUCUCAGCCAAUUACUCAGUCCAUGGAUAUAAUGUGUGGCGAGACCCCAUGAAGCCCAGUCAGAUCCUGGCAAAGCUCUGUAAAGACGGCAAGAUCGAUGGACCUCAUUAUGGGCCUGGAGGAAAAGUCAAGGUGGCAAAUCGAAUCUUCCUGGGACAGACGGAGUUAGAGGAUGAGAACGGUUUGAAGAAGCAGACUGAGGAACAUUUGGCUCUGACGGCACUGAACCACUGGGAGGAGAUACCCAGAGUGGGCUGCAAGCUUGUCCCUGAACACGUAGAGACCAGACCUCUGCUGACCCCUGACAAGCCGGGCAUCGAACAGGGUCGCAUUGAGAUGUGGGUCGAUAUGUUUCCUAUGGACAUGGCAGCUCCUGGACCUGCUCUUGACAUUUCACCACGAAAACCAAAGAGAUAUGAACUCAGGGUGAUAAUUUGGAAUACAGACGAAGUAAUACUGGAGGACGAUGAUUACUUCACUGGGGAAAAGUCCAGUGACAUAUUUGUCAGGGGGUGGCUGAAAGGACAGCAGGAGGACAAGCAGGACACGGACGUGCACUAUCACUCGCUGACUGGUGAAGGAAACUUCAACUGGCGUUUCGUCUUCCCUUUUGAUUACCUCAUGGCCGAGGAGAAGAUCGUCAUCUCCAAAAAAGAGUCCAUGUUCUCCUGGGACGAGACUGAAUAUAAGAUCCCACCUCGUCUCACGCUGCAGGUCUGGGACGCUGACCACUUCUCUGCUGAUGAUUUCUUAGGUGACCAUCUAUUUUUUCCCCGCUUCCCACGUGGCGCCAAGACGGCAAAGCAGUGCUCCCUGGGCAUGAUCCGAAACGAGCACGAGCUCCCUACCAUUUCUAUAUUUAAACAAAAAAGAGUGAAGGGCUGGUGGCCAUUUGCUGCCCGUGAUGAGAAUGAUGACCUGGAGCUCACAGGUAAAGUCGAGGCCGAGCUUCACCUUGUGACGGCGGAGGAGGCAGAGAAAAGUCCCGUAGGACUUGGACGGAAUGAACCAGAUCCACUGGAAAAACCAAAUCGCCCAGACACCACCUUCCUGUGGUUCCUGAGUCCGCUGAAAGCCAUCCGCUACCUGGUGUGCAACCGCUACAAGUGGCUGAUCAUCAAGAUCGUGCUGGCCCUGCUGCUGCUCAUCAUGCUGGGCCUCUUCCUCUACAGCAUGCCAGGCUACCUUGUUAAGAAACUGCUGGGGGCCUGAGGGAGUGAUGGGGUGGUGGGAUGUGAUCCAUGAAUGGAUGGAUCAGGGAACAGGGUCGAUGGGAAACUCUUUUAGUUUGGACACAAAAAGCACUUUAGAGGUCCAGCUUUGCUAUUUUGACUUCUUAGGGUUAUGUUUGUUCUUCCUGUACAGCUGGGCGACUUUAACGUUUACUUAUAACUGUGAAGAAAAAGGCGGACACCUCACUAAAAAUCCAGCCAUGCCUCCAACAUCUACUUUAUCCUUUAGCGUCCAGACUAAAUCUUUGAGCCACAAAUGUUUUUUUUAAGCUGCUUAAUUGAGAGAGAAAAAGAAAAAGAUUGUGUGAAGGGUUUAUUUUAAAUGUGCUGAUUUUAUGUUUUAAAUUCUUGAGCCUUUAUUUCAAGUCAUGCUGAAAUCCUUUCCACUUUUGCUGAAAUUAUAAGGGAACAAAUACUUUCUCCAGUGACACUUUGCUUUAAACCGUUUGUGUUUAGCUUUUGUUUAAGCUGUAAAAACCUUUAAUGUUUAAAAGCACAAAAAGUGACAGUGUACAGCAUGUGUCAGUUUUCCCUGUUUAGUUUUAAAGAUAUAUUUCACCUGUUUUUAUAUGUUGGACAAAAAUCCCUUUAAAGUUCAUUUGACUCCACAGAUGAUUAUCUUUUGUUAUUAGCAAAGACAAGUUUAUGUUCUAUUUGCAAAUGCUAAAUACUGGUGUUUGAAGCAAAGUGUUACUGUUUUUGAACUAUCGCUACUCUUGCGACUUUUGCACAGUCGAAAAAAGACGAAGAAAAAGAUCUAUUUUCCUAAAAAAAAAAAAAAAA